AUGGCUGCGGGCAUACUGUUGGCCCCGGCAUGACGUCGCCGCCUUGGACGUAGCUGACGACCAAGGGUGGCCGGCUGGUCGGCAGCACGGUGACCGUGGACGGCGUGGUUCUGUGGCGCUUCCUGGGGAUCCCGUUCGCCCGCAGCACUGCGGGCGAUCGCCGAUUCAUGGCGCCGUUGCCAUUGGCCGAACCCGAAGACAAGUGCGCGGUGCGGGAAUACCUCGAGCCACGCCCACGGUGCGCCCAGUGGAGCAACGCAAGCAUGGUGGGUUCCGAGGACUGUCUGCACGUGAACGUGUGGACCCCCGAGGCCACAAUCGGAGACAACGCUCAUGGCGGAGGCCGGGCCGUGGUGGUGGCUGUCUCCGGAACGUGGUUCGAGACGGGCUCCAACGACGACCCCGACUGGCCGAAGCUGGCCGCCAAGGGAGACGUGGUCGUGGUGGCGCCCAACCACCGGCAAGGCGUGCUGGGCUUUCUGCACCCGUCGUCCGUGGUCGGCGUGGAUGAGGACGUGGCCUUUGCUGACGUCAUGAGCGGAGUGCAGUGGGCGCGCGACCACGCGGAAAUCUUCGGCGCCGACCCGAAGGAGCUGGUGCUGGUCGGCCGCGGAUCGGGCGCUUACCUGCUCUCCGCGGCCGCGCGCAACUUGCCCAACGACACAGCACGCCGAGCUUUCUAUCACGGCCUCGUCUACGGGGCGUUUCUGCCCUCGGUUUCGGAGACGCCGUACCAGGACUUGGCGUCGGCGCUGAACUGCAGUGAGACGGGCAAGUCGACAUCCGCCUGGAUCUCCUGCUUCCGCGCCGCGCCCGUCGACGAGCUCUUGCAGGCGGCGCAAAACUCGUCCCGCAGGCCCAUGCACUUCGCGCCGUACUUCAACUUCUCAUCACUGCUGGGGGAUGCCGCCACCACUCCCCCCACCGUCAUAGCUGGGGCGGACGUGGCCGAUGACAAGGCCCUAUUCAAGGACCGCAUCGUGCCGCUCGCACAGCGUGACGACCGCGAUUGGUCAGUGGAGGUUCUGUUGGACUACACGUUGGACGUCUUCAACGUGCCCCUGGGCGCGAAGCGAUACAUCAAGGACCACUUCGACGCGCACACGGUGGACGAGAUCGCCGAAGGGUUCGCGGUAUGGGUCUCUACGUGCGCCACGCUGAAGGUGGCCAAGGCGGUGGAUGAGGGCUUCCACUACCGGUUCGAGUCGGCCGUGGCCAGCGGGCGGCUGCGUCCGCCACUGGGCAUCGAUCAGGUGGCGCAAUUCGCAGCAAACGGGUGAGUGGUAGCCAGAGCGCAAGAUUUCACGUAAAUCUGUCCCAUGAAUGCAAGAGCGUGAACGGGAAUGAAGAUCCUGAACGGAAAGCCUUUUCUUUUUUUCAUGCGUUAAACUGGG